AUGGCAUACAGGCUCAAGCAUGAGCUCGGCUUUGAGGAUUUCACCAUUUACGAGAAGCUCGAUGGCGUUGGUGGAACUUGGAGGACAAAUACCUAUCCAGGAUGUGGUUGCGAUCUUCAGUCGCAUCUCUACUCAUUCAGCUUCAAUCCCAAUCCAAACUGGUCGAAGCAGCUUUGCGAACAGCCCGAAAUCCUACAAUAUAUGGAAGACACAGUUGACAAAUUCGCUCUCCGCCCUCACGUCCAUUCAUCUGUCGAGUGCUUAGGUGCAAAGUGGCACUCCGACAAGACCAAGUGGGAAGUCAAGUUGAAGGAUUUGGCAACCGGCAUUGAAUACUCCCAGUUCGCCUCCAUCUUCGUGUCCGCCGUUGGCGCCAUUUCCUAUCCCCGAGACGUCAAAUUCCCCGGCAUGGAGAAGUUCAAGGGCGCAAUGUUCCACACUGCACGAUGGGAUCACUCAGUCAGCUACAAGGGCAAGCGAGUUGCAGUUAUCGGCAAUGGAUGCAGCGCAGCUCAGGUGGUCCCUGCUAUCGCUAAGAGCGCGGGCUUUGUCAAGCAGUAUGCUCGUAGCGGACAAUGGUACCACGCUCGCCCCAACCGCAUGUUUACCGACUUGGACAAAUUCGCCUUCCGCUACUUGCCUCUGUGGCAACGCCUUCUCCGUCUCAUGAUCUUUUUGGAGGCCGAUGAGGAGACAACAACAUACUUCCCAUCGCCGAAGGGCCAGAGGGCGCGCAAGGCUAAGGAGCAGGAGUCGAUAGAGUACAUCAAGUCCAUGACACCCUCCAAGUACUGGGAUGCGGUGAUCCCCAAGUUCCCGUUGGGUUGCAAGCGACGCAUCUUUGAUCCAGGUUAUCUUGAGUCUCUCAACCGAUCCAACGUGGCCUUGAUUCCUGAGGGCAUCAAAGAAAUGACCGAAACUGGUAUUAUCAGCUCAUCUGGAAUCAAGGAUGAUUAUGAUAUCAUUGUCCUUGCUACCGGAUUCCAAGUAGCACAGUUCCUUGUACCCAUGGAGAUCACAGGUGCAAAUGGUAGCACUCUCCAGGAACAAUGGAACGCAUGCAGAGGCGCCCAAGCAUACCUUGGAACCCACGUUCACAACUUCCCCAACCUCGCCAUCCUUUUCGGCCCUAAUACCUUCCCUGCCAACAACAGCGCUCUCUUCGCAUGCGAGACUCAGGUCGACUACGCGCUUAAGUCUCUCUUCCACCCACUCAUCGACGGCCGCGCAUCCGUGAUCGAGGUGAAGCAAGCAGCGGAGGACCGUAUGACCAACUCUAUUCACACAGAACUUGCCGACACCGUGUUCGCCGGCGAUUGCUCGAACUGGUAUAUUGGCAACUUUGGCAGGAACGCUGCUUCUUGGCCUGGUCUGGCGAGGUCUUUCUGGUGGGCAACAUAUACUCCAGACUGGAAGGCAUUCAACUUGAGCGGCGGGUCUGCUUUGUGGCCGCUUUUCACGGUUAAGAGGUGGGUUGUCACAACGAAGCCUUUGACCAAAUUAGCUGUUGCCGCUGCCGUUAUCUACUUCGCGUCUGGGAAAAAGGGUGCUGUUGAGAUACCUCGUCUUGUUCAGGGUUUGUUUGAGAAAGCGCGAACAGUAUUGGGUUAUUAGACAUCAUUAAAGCGACCCGAGAUGAAGUAGUUCCUAGAAUAUAUUUAGCACGGUUUGUUCAUGAUGUAAAUACGCGAACAAUGUGGAUAAUUUAAAAACG